AUGGAUGGAGAAUACCUUUCCGACAAAGAAUUUGACGAUUAUGUUACCGACUCUGGCAGUGAUGUGUACGAACCGGACGAUGACGACGAUGACCAGUACGGGGGCGAGUUGGGCGGAAUCCAAGACUACGAAGUAGACAACUUAGAGAAUGCCAUAAACCAAAUGCAGGGAGAUUUUGAUCGCAUCGUCAAAUCGAAAGUUCAGUCUUCUGGACCUGCCAGGGGACCUAUUACCGGAAAAUGGACUUUCGAGUUCGAGGAGGAAGAUGACACAAUGGACUUCCAACAAGAGCUUCGUGAGACAUCCGGAAUCGGCAAGAAGAGGAAAGCCCGUCGACCCAGAAAUAUGCCGGAAUUAUCCCCACAAGUUAAAGAUCUCAUAUCGAAGGGUAUUGAGGCUUAUACGAAUAGUAGUAUUGAAGAAGCAAUUCCCCUCUUGAGAGAGGCCAUUCGCAUUGAGCCCCGAGCUGUGGAUGCGUGGACGACACUUGCGGAAUGCCAUCUUGACCUUGGGCAGGAGGUGGAAUGCUUGCAACUCCGCAUAAUUGCGACGCAUCUCCGGGAGCCUGACGUUGGCACUUGGAGGGAGCUUGGGCAGAAGUCAAAGGAGCUGGGAUAUCUGCAGCAAGCCAUAUAUUGUUUUCGCAAAAUUCUCUACAUCGAUCCUCAAGAUUUGGAUGCUCUUUGGGAUUGGUCAUAUCUCCUUAAGAUGCAAGGAGAACCCAAGAAGGCUCUCGAUGGAUUUCUCAAAAUCAUGAAGUUCCAACAUUACGACCCGAACGUCCUUGAGGAAAUUCGGUUACUUCUCAUCGAUCUUGACGACGCACCAAGGGCGACGAGGUUAUUUCAGGACGCGUUCGACUUCCACACUAAACGUCAGCCGGAGGGCCCUCAUUCUGAAAAUGAUUUCGGCACUCGGCAGAUUAUUGCUUUGACUGACUUUUACAAUAAUGUCAACGAAUAUGAGAAAGCGAUUUUUACCAUUCGGAGGGGUGCUCGAUGGCUUGAUGGCCGCUUUCAUGAAAGUCCAAUGUGGGAUCCUGUUCAAGAUGAUAGGGAGUUCGAUUUACCCGGCUAUGCCAGAGACGAAGGAAUCAGUCGAGGUCCUGGCCCUGGUUGUUACCCCUUAGAUAUCAACUUUCGACAGCGGCUCGCAAUCUCCAGAUUGAAGAUUGGUGAUUUCGGGGAAGCCCAGAUGCAUGCAUCCAUUGUCUUAGCCACUGAGGAUGUGGUUGAGUUCAGCAUUCUCUUUGAGGAGCUCGCGAAUGUCUACUUUGAUUUGGGUAUGUAUGAGGAUGCUCGAGAAAUCUACAUAAAACUAGCAACGCAAAACGAGACCAAUUCUACCUUCAUUAUCCUCCGCAUCGGAGCUUGUGAUCGCAAUCUGGGUAAUUAUGAAGACGCUAUAGAGUCGUAUCAGUGGGCCCUCAAAGUGGAUCCUUCCCUUAUCGAAGCAAAAAGCAAGCUUGCCGAAGCUCUAGAAAUCAUUGGUCGACUUCAAGAUGCUUUUGAUCUCAUCAAUGAAGUUCUCGAGUUUCGUCGUGGCGUGCCUACUGCCCUGCCCACAGUCGAAGGGCCUUCUAUGGAAGAUCAAUCGUCCGGAGGGGCAGCCCAGAUGAUUGGCAGCUUCUUCGACGAGACACGAAAAUUGAACACAACAAAAUCAGCUUCAGAAAGGAACAAGAUAUCUAGGGAACAGUUGCGCAUAUAUGAGCAAGCCAAGCAAGAGCAAACGAUAGCCGUGUUCGAGAGACUGGAUCAGAUCGAGGAGGACAUGCUGUCUCACCUCCCUAGUGCAAUCCAGAUUUGGUUGAAUGACGGCGGUGAUCUUGUUGAGGAAUUCCGCAUUACACGCCAAUUGUUUAUGGUAGAUAGGACAUCCCCAUAUCGUGGCAUUAUUAUUGAGAGGCGUCAAAACAGGGACCGGGGGAAGAAUAAGUCAGAAAGUGGAGAUAAUGAAAUGGCGUCUCGUUUGGAAAUGGAAAUAGCCCAGGACGCCGCGGCAGGAGGAAAGCAGCCCAGAGGCGUUGACAAUUUCCGGGGGGUAACAUUCGCACGCUGGUUGUCUAUGAUCACUCAGUACUGUUUUCUCCUUACACGAGAGGAUCAGUAUGCUCUUGCGGAUGAAGUGCUUCGUCACAUGUUACUUUCCAAUGCCUACAAUGAUUUCAAGAAUCAGAACACUAUCAGGAUAACUGCAGCGAUAUGCGCCAUUCGAGCCCGACAUUAUCCAAACGUUAUGGAGCAUUGCCAGAAGCUCCUCAGAGAUCAUCAAUUUAACAAUGAUCCGUUUAGGUUCUUACUCGCUGGUCUUUCGAAAGGAGGUUUGGAUGCGAACGAGGCGUUCAUCGCCACGAACUUCCAGAAAAUGGCAUUGCGGGAACUAAGGCUCUGGGAAGCGAAUGCUCGUGGGGAUCCUCUGGUGCUUCGACAAAAUGGGACCCGCUGGAUUGCAGUACAGGGAGAUGACGCUCUCGACGAUGACGAAAUUCCAGGGGAGGAGGAUGGGUCCCGUUCUAAGAAGGGGAAGACAACGGAAGCGAAAAGCUCCAGAGGCUCCAACUCACAGGAGAAUUUUCCUAUGCCACUGCGUCCCAAGAAGAUGAGUCCUUUGAUCUAUGCAUUUUAUGGCUACAUCAUGUUUUGUGCUCGGAGCUACCAAAGUGCCAAAUGGUACCUCUUGCAAGCUCACGCCUUGCAACCUCGAGAUCCAGUCAUCUGCUUGAGCCUGGCCGUUGCAUGUAUUGGUCGUGCAAUGCAGCGGCAAGCAGACAAUCGUCAUCACCUAGUUGUGGAGGCAAUGGCUUUUAUGAGCGAAUACAGGAAGUACCGAAGACCUUCCCAGAGAGAAGAUGAGAUUGAGUACAACUUCGGUCGUGCAUUCCAUCAACUUGGUCUUUAUUCCUUGAGCGUUAACCACUAUCAAAGAACAUUGAAGAUCAUUUCAAAACGACUAGAACAAAAUCCAAAUCUGACGGAUUAUGGCAUGGCUCGAGAAGCCGCUUACAAUUUGUCACUUAUCUUUGUCACCAAUGGCUCACCCGGUCUUGCAAAAUCUCUGUACAAGCAAUGGCUUUCCGUCUAA